CCGUCAUCGAAUAGUGUUCAUUUUACGAGCGCCAUGUUUAGUAGUUGAAAAACUAGUCUUCUAAAGAUUAAAAAGCAAUAAUAAAAGUUUCACACGUGAAAUAAUAGAAUACAAAAGAUUCCAAUUUGGAAAUAAUAUUUUUAAAGCAUUAAUAAAUGGAGAGACGUGCGAGCGGAAUUUUGUUUUUUACAAAUUGAAUUGAAUUGAAAAGUAGAGUGCACUAAUAAUACCAUCUGUAGUAUGAAAACUUCCAAGUGAUAUACACGAAUUUUAGUUUUUAUUUUUCUGUCUUGCCGUUAAACUUAAGUAUAUAUUUUAAUUCUGUGGUCUUGCCCUAUUCAGUGUGGAUUUUCAUUUGGAAAAUAAUUAUUUUUUCUUUAAAAAGAUACAUUUUUAUUUAAAUUUGCGACCGAUUAUACAAAACAAAAUUUAAUAAUCGAGAAUCGGGUUUCGAUUUUUAUAAAUGUACUUUAAUUUAUGUACAUUCUCCACGUUUGUUCACUGAUAUUUUCAUUUGGUGAUUUAAAACAAAAAAACUGCUGACAUCAAUUGCUUUGUUUUUUCUUAAUUUAAUAAUAAUAUUACUAAAAGAAAAAAAAGCGUAUCAUACGAGAUGGCUGACUUUGAUCUAAAUGUGGACAGCUUAAUCCAACGUCUUUUGGAAAACUAUAAAAAGGAAAAAGAACGAGAAGCAAGUGCACUAAAAUUGCUGCAAGAAGAAAAUCAAGACUUAAUUUCUCCACCAUCCAGUGAAACACAUGUAUCGGCGGAAGGCGAUCAAAUAACAAUUCACCACCAGCUCAAGGAAGAAAAGAAAAAGCCACGGCUGCGAGACUUCUUUAUAUCUGAAUUCGUGCGAGGAUGUCGUCAAGGUAAAGCUGUACAGAUGUCUGAAGCUGAAGUUCGUGGCCUUUGUCUAAAAUCAAGGGAAAUAUUCUUGCAACAACCAAUUUUACUUGACCUCGAAGCUCCACUUAUCAUUUGUGGUGAUAUUCAUGGACAGUAUACAGACUUGCUCCGUCUGUUCGAAUACGGUGGUUUUCCGCCAGCAGCUAACUAUUUAUUUUUGGGCGACUACGUAGAUCGAGGCAAACAGUCACUCGAAACGAUUUGUCUACUUUUGGCUUAUAAAAUCAAAUAUCCUGAAAACUUCUUUCUUCUGCGUGGCAAUCACGAGUGUGCUAGUAUUAAUCGAAUAUAUGGAUUUUAUGACGAAUGUAAACGCAGAUACAAUGUUAAGCUUUGGAAAACCUUUACAGACUGUUUUAAUUGUCUACCGAUAGCAGCAAUUAUCGAUGAAAAAAUAUUUUGUUGCCAUGGUGGACUAAGUCCCGACCUCCAGAGUAUGGAACAGAUACGAAGAUUAAUGCGACCAACAGAUGUACCAGACACAGGUCUAUUGUGUGACUUACUUUGGAGUGAUCCAGACAAAGAUGUCGAGGGCUGGGGUGAGAAUGACCGAGGUGUUAGUUUUACAUUUGGAGCGACAGUAGUGUCUAAAUUUCUCAGAAAACAUGACCUUGAUUUAAUAUGCCGAGCGCAUCAGGUUGUUGAAGAUGGAUACGAGUUCUUUGCUAGACGCCAAUUAGUUACUUUGUUCUCUGCGCCAAACUAUUGUGGAGAAUUCGACAAUGCUGGUGGAAUGAUGACAGUGGAUGAUUCCCUAAUGUGUUCAUUCCAAAUUUUGAAGCCAUCUGAAAAGAAAGCAAAAUAUCUUUACACUGGAACAAAUUCUUCGCGACCAACAACGCCACAGCGGAACACGCAAUUAAUCACAUCGAAUAAAAAGAAAUAAUAUAUCCAUCCACUUCCAACAUCAUAAUUAAUGUUUAAAUAUAAAAAUAGUAAAAUAAAUAAAUAUUUAAAAUAAAAAUUACAGAGAUAAACAGAUUCUGAAAAUAUUUGAAAAAAAAGUUUAAAAUAUAUUAAAAAGCAGCAAUACUACGUUAUAAAACAUAAA